GGGCCGGCGCAUGCGCGUCGCCCCCCCUCGGCCGCGGGGAGGGGGAUGCGGACGGGGGAAGAUGGCGGCCUCGAACAACCCGCGGAAAUUCAGCGAGAAGAUCGCGCUGCACAACCAGAAGCAGGCGGAGGAGACGGCGGCCUUCGAGGAGGUCAUGAAGGACCUGAGCCUGACCCGCGCGCACCGGCUACAGCUGCAGAAAACCCAAUAUUUGCAACUGGGGCAGAGCCGUGGCCAGUACUACGGGGGGUCAUUGCCAAAUGUGAACCAGAUUGGGAACAGUGCCAUGGAUCUCCCCUUCCAGCACAACGGAGCUCUGGCUGAAGCCUUUGGAGCAGUUCCUGUCUCUUUGACCCCGUUCCAGUCGUCGGCGCUGGACACGAGCAGGACCACGCGGCACCACGGGCUGGUGGACAGAGUGUACCGGGACCGGAACCGCCUGGGCUCGCCCCACCGCCGCCCGCUCUCCGUGGACAAGCACGGCCGGCAGGUGGACAGCUGCCCCUAUGGCACCGUGUACCUGUCACCGCCGUCGGACACCAGCUGGAGGAGGACAAAUUCUGAUUCUGCCUUGCACCAGAGCACCAUGACUCCAGCUCAGCAGGAAUCCUUUUCAGGAGGGUCACAGGACAUGCAGCAGAAAAGAGUUUUAUUGCUGACUGUGCCUGGAAUGGAAGAAAGCUCUGAUGCAGACAAAGCCCUCUCUAAGCAAGGCUGGGACACUAAAAAGACUGGGUCAUCGAGACCCAAAUCCUGCGAAGUUCCAGGAAUCAACAUCUUCCCGUCGGCCGAGCAGGAGAGCGCCGCGGCGCUGAUCCCGGGCACGCACAACACGGGCGGCUCGCUGCCCGACCUCAGCAACAUCCACUUCCCCUCGCCCCUGCCCACGCCCCUGGACCCCGAGGAAUCCGCCUUCCCUGCCCUGAGCAGCUCCAGCAGCGCCGGGAACCUCGCUGCCAACCUGACCCACCUGGGCAUCAGCUCUGCCAGCCAGGCAGGAAUGACGACGACACCGGCCCCAUCCCAGCACCGCCAGCCCAGCGUCAGCCCCCUGUCCUUGGGCGCGGACUCGCGGCGACCUCAGUCCCAGCAAAUGUCCCCCACGCUGUCCCCGCUGUCACCCAUCACUCAGGCCGUGGCUAUGGAUGCAUUGUCCCUGGAGCAGCAGCUCCCCCCGUACCCCUUUUUCACCCAGACCAGCUCCCAGCAGCAGCAGCAGCCAGCAGUGGCCAGUUCCCUGCCCCAGACCCCCCCUCUGCUGCAGAGCUCGGGGCUGCAGAGGGGCCCCCAGCUGCCCCCUCUGUCUGUCACGGUACCUUCCACCAUCCCCCAGUCACCUCCAGGGAGCCAGAGCCAGCCCUCCAUGGGAAUUGACAUCAACUCGGCCUCACUCCAGCAGUACCGCAGUAAUGCUGGCUCCCCAGCCAACCAGUCUCCCACCUCUCCUGUCUCCAAUCAAGGCUUCUCUCCUGGCAGCUCCCCUCAACAUUCUUCCAUGCUGGGCAGUGGUUUUGGGGACUCCUAUUAUGAGCAGCAGAUGACAGCUAGGCAGGCUAAUGCCCUCUCCCACCAGCUGGAGCAGUUCAACAUGAUCGAGAACGCCAUCAGCUCCAACAGCCUCUACAGCCCCUGCUCCACCCUCAACUACUCGCAGGCUGCCAUGAUGGGACUGACGGGCAGCCACGGCAGCCUGCAGGACUCGCAGCAGCUCAACUACUCCAGCCACAGCAACAUCCCCAACAUCAUCCUGACAGUGACAGGAGAAUCCCCCCCCAGCUUAUCAAAAGAACUGACCAGCUCCUUGGCAGGAGUGGGGGACGUCAGCUUCGACACGGAUUCCCAGUUCCCCCUGGAUGAACUCAAAAUUGACCCUUUGACCCUGGAUGGACUGCACAUGCUCAACGACCCCGACAUGGUCCUCACCGACCCCGCCACAGAGGACACGUUCCGCAUGGACCGGCUGUGAGCCGCCGGCACCUCCCGCAGGAUCCGGCCCGGGGGCUCCAUCCCGUCCAUCCCAGAGGGUCCAUCCCGUCCCGGAGGGUCCGUCCCGUCCCGGAGGGAGCAGCUGCUCCGUGUCCCCUGUACAAUGAGUAACCACAGCUUGUUGUUCUGAGCUUGCCGCGCUGCCGAGCCCCCGUCCCCGUGGCGCCCAGCCACGCCGCCCCCGAGCCGCUGUUGCCGUCCAGCAGUGAGGAGUCGUCCGGUUUUCCCCGGUUUUCCAUUGGCCUUUUCCUCCCCAGAGCCCCCCCCUUUCCCCCAGCAGAGCUCCGGCGGGCCCCCGGCACCAGAGAGGGGCUCGGGGCAGCCGGGCAGGGCCAGGAGGGGCUGGCAGAGCCCGGGGUGCGGGGCUGGGGGGGCCGUGCCCCCUGCUCCCCUUCCUUGGGAAGCAAAUCCCGGCAUCGCCGCCUUCCCCGCGGCUGCCACCCCGCUCUGUGGCACUGCCACUCUGCUCUGUGGCACUGCCACCCUGCUCUGUGGCACUGCCACCCUGCUCUGUGGCACUGCCACCCCCGCUCUGUGGCACUGCCACCCUGCUCUGUGGCACU